AACACCGUAGCAUUGCCUUGCUUUAAAAAUGCAUUCAGUUACAACUCACCCAUUAGUCAAACAACUAAUUUCCGUAUAUUAUCGCGUUGGUGUUUGGAAUCGAGAAAAUGAACAUUCACCCAUACGGCUGCGAAUCAAGUGGUUCUAUUUCAUUUAUCAGUUUAUGGUCCCGAUAUCUGCAAUAAUUGGAUCAUUUAAAAAUGAAAACACGGAUGACCGAAUUUUUUUGGUAGAAACAAGUAUCGUUAAUGGGACGUUGUCAGCGAAAUUUUGGCUAAUGAUGCAGAAGCAAGAGCAAAUUCUUGAGUUACUGGAAAAGAUUUGCAUUUUCUCCAUUCAAGAUAAAGAUUGCUUUAGAUUUUUCAAUAAGAAAUUGGAACUAUUUACCAAGGUUACGAAAUCAUUUAUGUAUGCCGUGAUACCGUUGGCAGUUUUCUCAGCGCUAGCUCCCUUUGCAGGGGAUAGAAAAUUAUUUUUUAAGCUUGCAUUGCCCUUCGAUGCUGAAAAAAAUGAUUUCAAUUUUUUGAUGGCGAAUUUUUACACUUUCACUGCAGUUGCUUUUGCAUUUUUUUUUAUUUCAUUUUCCGUUGUAUUGUGGUACAUAAUGUUCGUUUGCUCUUUGAGAUAUAACGUCCUAGGUAUCCAGUUAACCAAGAUGGGCCGGUUGAGCGAAGAGUCUAAAGGCGUUUCGGACAGGCAAAAACAAAAUGCUUUUCGUCGCGAUUUAUGGGGAAUAAUGAAGGAUUGUCUACUCACAAGGAAUUUGGUAUGUGAAAUUGAGUCAUUUUGUUCGACCAUAUUUUUCAUCGAACUUGGGACGAGUGGAUUGUGCAUUUGCGCAUCGGUUUAUUGUUUGGCUUUUGUAAAAUUAAUUCACAAACUUUUCGCAUUUACAUCCACUGACUUAACGACUUUUCAGAAUGUCAGUGAAAACAUUGUCGGACGCCUGGUUCAUCUGUCGUCGUUGGGGUACAAUGUUGCCGGCAUAUUAAUUACCACAUACUUAGGAAACGAGAUCACGUUGACCAGCAAUCGACUCUCGUAUUGUGUAUUUGAAUCGGACUGGUACGAUCAGCCGCAAUCAACAAAAUUUAUCAUCACAAUUCUCGGUGAAUUUUUACAGCAGCCCCAAGUGAUGGUUGUUGCUAAACUGUAUACUCUGACAUUGGAAACAUUUACCAGGAUUUUAAAUUUUGCCUACAGCACGUUCAACAUUUUGAAAAAUUUUAGAUCGUAAAAUGUUUUUGCACCUUACAUUGUUCGAUGUUAAUA